UAUUAAAAAAAUACAGAGUCAGCACCCACUGUUUUGUUUCCCUCUUUAUAGUUUGUUCUUCUUCUCUGUAACCAGCCGGCUUAUAAAUUUCUCUUUUUUUCUUUUAAUCAAAUAACCGAAUUUCAUUUGUUUUCUCUUGAGACUAUGUAUUUCAAUUCUUGAAUUAGAAUUGUGGGAAUUUAAUCAAAACUGUUUCAACUGAUCCCUUUGAUCAGUUGUGUUGGAGUAGAAGAUGGCAACGUUAGUUGCGAAACAAGGGCCAUUGAGCAAUCCGAAUCAACAUGUUCCAAGAAAGAGAAACCCGUCUAAGGUUUUUAGGAAGAGCAAGUUUAUCCUAAAUCGUGAUGAAGAAAAACUUGAAAAGGACAAUGCAGAGUCGCUGGUCGACGUUACAGAGUUACCUAAUAAGAAACAAAAGCUUUGUUCUGAGACUGGCACCCCCCGUGGUAAAAGAACUGUAUCAGAGCACACGAAUGUUGCAAUCAGGAAGGAGGAUGCACGUUUAUCGGGUGGUUCGGGAGAGAAAAUAAAAACAGUGGAAAAGCCAAAGAGUAACAUGAUUAAAUCAAAUGUGAGAACCAAGACGGUAGCUAAGCAAACAGUAACUGGAAAGGAAUCUGAAGGUUCACGUAGCAGAAUCACCUCCAAGGAGCAUCAUCGUUUAGUAGAGAAGAAAUUAAGUGAUAUGAUUUGGAAUGACUUGAUGAGCGAAGAUGAAGAGGAGGAUAGUGAAGAGGAAGGGCAAGAGGAAGAGGAAGAGGAUAAGGAUGAAGAGUAUUUUCCAGGAUCCUUAACGAAAUUUGAGAUGCCGCUUGAUGAAGCGUUGAAUAGUUUAAGAAAUUCAGAGAAGUUUUCGAGCACUUCCAACAAGGGAAAAGUUCGUAAAAAUGGACCUAUGAGAAAUAAAGGGAAUGAUAAAGAGAAAGACGAGCCUUCCCAGUGCAGGGACAGACUUAAACUAUCUACCUCCACAAAAAGCAUUACAAAAAGGAUGCCCAAUAAAGUAAAUUUAGAACAACAUCCAGGAACUUCAAGCAAGAAGAUGACUCAUAAAGGAGAUAAUACAAUGAACAAGGUGGAAUAUGGAAGUGAAGAAAAGUCGGGCAUGUGCAAGAAAAAACCAAGUUUGUCCAAGGUUGGAAAGAAAAUGCAAGGGACUCAUGAAAUUAAAGGUUCAGAGAAUAAAAGGGUGCCUGUUAAAUUAAAGAGAGAACAAUGUCUAGGAACGUCAAGCAAGAAGAAGAUUCCUCAAGGAGAUAGUAAAAUGGAUAAGGUGGAUGAAAGUGAAGACGAGUGGAAGGAAAAGCCAAGUUUGUCCAAGGAUGGAAAAAAGAAUCAGGGAGUUCAUGAAAAGGAUGCAGAGAUUAGAAGGACAUCUGUAAGACGUGCUACUGCAUCAUUCAAGAGAUACAGUCAUGAUUACUAUGUUGGUGAGUGGGAAGAUGAUACUGAUGAAUAUGAGGUUAUCCCAAUAAGUGAUGGACAUCAUAUAUCAAGUAACAUACAGAGAAGUGAUGUUUCACAUGAGUCGAAACCGAAAAAUAGUCUGCUAGAUAUAAUUAAAAAUUCAGGGAUGCCUUCCUGGAAGCCUGCUACAUUAAAUGGAGAACAGUGUCAAGGAACAUCAAGCAAGAAGAAGAUUCCUCAAGAAGAUAGUACAACGGAUAAAAUGGAUGAAAGUAAAGACGAUCGGAAUGUGUGCAAGGAAAAGGCUAGUUUGUCAAAGGAUGGAAAAAAGAAUCAGGGAAUUCAUGAAAAAGAUGCAGGGAAUAAAAGGAAAUCAGUAAGACGUGCUGCUGCAGCAUUCAAGAGAUACGAUCAUGAAUACUACGUUGGUGAGUGGGAAGAUGAUACUGAGGAGUAUGAGGUCUUCCCAAUUAGUGAUGAACAUCAUAUACCAAGUAACACAAGAAGCCAGAGAAGUGACGUUUCACAUGAGUCGAAACCAAAAGAUAGUCUAAAAGAUACAAUAAAUAAUUCAGGGAAGUUAUCUGCUUGCAGUUCAUUCCCUUCCUCCUCAUCGUCCUCUGGCUCGACAAUUUUAAGAAGUGGAAUAGAUAGAUCUAAAAACAUGAAGGUAAAUCGUCAGGCUGUAAAGUGCCAUCAUUGUAGAAGAAGUGAUAGAAGAAUUGUUGUUCCUUGUAGGAAGUGUAAAGAGAAAUUUUACUGUAUCCAGUGCAUCAGGGAAUGGUAUCCAGAAUUGGAAGAAGAGGAAGUCUCAGAGGUUUGUCCAUAUUGUCGUGGAAAAUGUAACUGCAACUUGUGCUUACACUCAAGUGGCAUGCUUAAGACAUCAACAAGGGAUCUCACUGAUCGUGAAAAGAUUGAGCAUUUGCACUAUUUGAUUAUCACACUCCUUCCCUUUCUGAAAGAAAUUCGUCAGGAACAAAUUCAGGAGAUAGAGAUAGAGUCUUGUAUUCGUGGGGUAUCUUCAUUUUUUCUUGAAAUUAAACAAUCACUUUGUCACAAUGAUGAGCGAGUUUACUGCAAUAAUUGUUCAACUUCAAUAGUCGAUCUUCAUCGAAGCUGCCCAGAUUGCUCAUACGAACUAUGUCUAAGUUGCUGUCAAGAGCUUCGGGAGGGCAAGUUUCCAGGAAAUAGUUAUGAAGCAGUUUUCCAAUAUUCAAAUAAAGGUCAUGAUUAUAUGCAUGGUGGAGAUCCACUGCCUGAAAGUUUUCAUAAUAGGGAAGUUCCAUGGGACCAGAGCAAACUAAUUACUUGGGUUGCUAAUUAUGAUGGUAAUAUCAUGUGUGCUCCUGUAGAAAUGGGUGGAUGUGGAAAUUGUGUUUUGGAGCUCAAGCAUCUGCUACCGAGAAACUGGAUCUCAACCUUGGAAGCAAAGGCGGAAAGAAUUCUGAUUCAAUGCAAUUUCUCCCAGAUGAUUUCUCAGCCAAUUUGUAGAACAGAUGACCCUAAACUGUUACACAGGGCGGCUUCAAGAGUUGGUUCCGAUGAUAACUGCUUGUAUUCUACUACCGCAAAGGAUGCUAUGGAGGAUGAUGCGCUUUUACACUUUCGCAGACACUGGGCCAAGGGUGAACCGGUGAUUGUACGAAAUGUUCUUGAGCAUACAAGCGGUUUAAGCUGGGAACCAAUGGUUAUGUGGCGUGCAUUAUGUGAGAGCACUGAUUCAAAGAUCCUUACAAGUAUGUCAGAAGUAAAAGCUAUCGACUGUCUAGCUGGUUGUCAGGUUGAGAUCAACACUCGACAGUUUUUUAAAGGUUAUACAAAAGGCAGAAGAUACGAAAAUCUCUGGCCCGAAAUGCUCAAACUUAAAGACUGGCCACCAUCUGACAAGUUUGAAAAUCUCUUGCCUCGGCACUGUGAUGAGUUCAUCAGUGCAUUGCCAUUCCCAGAGUACACAGAUCCAAGGAUAGGCAUUCUGAAUCUUGCUGUUAAAUUACCAGCUGGCGUGUUAAAACCUGAUUUAGGUCCAAAGACAUACAUUGCAUAUGGUUUCACUGAGGAACUUGGAAGAGGGGAUUCGGUGACAAAGCUCCACUGUGAUAUGUCAGAUGCGGUAAAUAUUUUGACACACACAGCAGAGAUGGCUGUAAGUGAUGAGCAGCGGCCUGCAAUUGAAAUUUUGAAACAGAAGCAUAGAGCUCAAGAUGAAAGAGAGCGGCUUGAGCGUGAGGGCGAGGAAUAUCCUAUAAAAAUGUCUAGUGAUAUCAGAAAGGAGGAGAAAACAUCUGAUGAUUCAGAGACGACUGGAGGUGCCUUGUGGGAUAUCUUCAGAAGGGAAGAUGUGCCCAAGUUGAGCGAGUAUCUUUUAAAGCACGCAAAGGAAUUUAGGCACACUUACUGUUGUCCCGUUGAUCAGGUUUUUCACCCAAUCCAUGACCAAACCUUCUACUUAACUUUGGAGCACAAGAGAAAACUAAAGGAAGAAUUUGGGGUUGAACCUUGGACCUUCGAGCAAAAACUUGGAGAGGCGGUUUUCAUUCCUGCCGGAUGCCCUCACCAAGUGCGUAAUCUCAAGUCGUGUACCAAAGUUGCUGCCGAUUUUGUUUCUCCUGAAAACAUUCGAGAAUGCCUCCGCCUCACAGCUGAGUUCAGGAAAUUGCCGAGACGCCACAAGGCCAGAGAAGACAAACUAGAGGUACCAUAUCAAAAUGCUUUAUUUUCAUCUGGCGACAUUAAGCCUCCAUUUUUGACUGACUUAUUUCGCUAUCUGAUGGAACAGAUAAAGAAGAUGAUAAUUCAUGCAAUCAACCAAGUUGUCACAGAUUUGGAGCAGCUCACAUACAUAGUUUAGAGAAAUAGCAGUACAAACUUUUGCACAACAGUUUUCCUUCACAGCAGUAGCAGUUGGUAUUGUCCUUGGGUGUUCUUUUAGCUGUUAGGCCAAGGACAAUUUUGGUACACAUUUCUUGCAGCUUAGGUUCUCUUCGCAAUUGUUGCCUGUAGAAAAGUAAUGUUAAAAGGACAUUCUUUUUUAUAUCAUACUCCUGCAAUAAGGCAGCUUCUUUUAAAUAAAGUCUGGCAUAUUAGUAGUC